AUGCGCGCGCGCCGACUCCGACGCGCGCUCGCGUGCGUCGCGUGCGUCGCCGCGUGCGUCACCGUCGUCGGUGCGUCUUCGGAUGCGCUGAAAGACGUCACCGAAAGGGUCGGUGCGCCGAAUUCGUCGCCGAAACGCUCGAGCGAGCGCUACGUGCUCCAAACGACGCGCGGCGACCUCACGCUCGCGCUGUACGACGACGAGGAGGAGAACGUGGCGCCGUUGACGAUCGCGCACGUUCGCGAGAUGCUCAAGCUCGGGAUGUACGCGACGAAUCACGUGUUUAGGAUCGACAAAGGAUUCGUCGCGCAGAUCGCCGACGUGAAAGGUGGACGACGCGCGGCGAUGAAUACGGCGCAGACGCGUUUGGCGGAGAAGACGGUGAAAGGGGAGUUUAAGAACCAACCGAAACACUCGCGGGGGCGGUUGAGCAUGGCGCGUUGGGACGAUCCGGAUAGCGCGACGUCAUCUUUCAGCGUUCUGUUGGGCGACGCGCCGCAUUUGGACGGGAAGUACGCGGUCUUCGGAGAGGUCGUGGGGGAGGAGAGCGAGGCGACGUUGAGGCGGUUAGAGGCGAUGGAGACGAAGAGGGAGGGAAUAUUUGUGAUGCCCAAGGAGCGGGUGGAAAUUUUGGCGACGUAUGUCGUCGAGGGUGGGCAGUGCGGCGGCGACGAACCAGAGGACGGGGAUUGCCGAGACGAGCUCCGGACGUGUACAGAGCGCGCGGAUUCCCUCGCGAAGGAGCUUCAUGAGAUUCGCUCCGCGCGUCUGCCAGGGAACUAG